GGGUCUCCUCCUUCCCCAGCUUGGAGACCCUCCACAUCAUCCACUGUAGUCACCUCAGCCACAUCUUCGUACUAGACAAAAUGUACCCUGAAGAAAUAACUACCUGCGGUGUACUAUUCCCGAAGCUGACAACUAUCCACCUGCACGACCUCCCGAAGCUGCAGAACAUAUGCGAGGUCAAGAUGGUGACCCCGAUGCUCGAGAGCAUCAAGAUCAGGGGAUGCUGGAGCCUGUGUCGGCUGCCAUCCGUGGGGGCGCGGGGCCAAGGCGACAAGAAGCCGACUGUCGAGAUCGAGAAGGACGUGUGGGAUGCUCUGGAGUGGGACGCCGACCACCGCCCCGACCACUUCGAGGCGCCGGUCCACUCGCGCUACUACAAGGAGAAGCUGCCCAGGGUCUCUGUCCUCAGGUGAGCUCUGCACUGUGGUGUUUCCUCAGUCGCUACGUGAAAGUGAUGGACGCUGCUGCUGGAUCAUGCGUCUGGUUUGCUCUGUGUGCCUACGUCUGGAUUGGUAUUAGCCUUAUUAGGUGUGAGCUUAUGGUGGCUCUCACUGUUUAUUAUAUUAUGGAUUUCAAAUAAGAGAGGGACAGGUUUGUGGCUUUGUGCCUGCCUACAUAGACCUGGCCCGUGCGCGUGCGUGUGGUUUGAGAUUGGAGCGGCUUUUUGCUAUGGACUCGUCCAGCGUGCAUCCACCAGUCUGCAUUUGUGUGUGUGGCUUUGAUGAACGCUCGCUAUGCGUGUGUGUGUAAUGGAAUUGUAACAGCAGCAUAUGCCUAGGCUAGUUGCUUCUGGGUGUGACUUAUUUGAGAAUGUUUGCCAUGUAUCUGAACCAAGAAACAGCUUGGCUGGUUGUGUGUGUGCUUGUGCAUGCAUUGACA